AUGGAGCUGGAUCAUGGAUAUGUCUACAUCAUAGCAGGAGUAACUGUGAACAGUCAACGUCGUCCUAAUAGCACCUUCUCUCUCUCUCUCUCUUCUCCACAGCUUUUUGCCAUCUUUGCAUUUGCAACAUGUGGUGGCUACUCUGGAGGCCUUCGGCUAAGUGUGGACUGCGUCAACAAGACAGAAAGUAACCUCAGCAUCGACAUAGCAUUCGCCUACCCCUUCAGGUUGCACCAGGUGACCUUCGAGGUGCCCACCUGCGAGGGCAAGGAGCGCCAGAAGCUGGCUCUGAUCGGCGACUCCUCGUCCUCGGCCGAGUUCUUCGUCACGGUCGCCGUCUUCGCCUUCCUCUACUCUCUGGCCGCCACCGUGGUUUACAUUUUCUUCCAGAACAAGUACCGAGAAAACAACCGGGGCCCGUUGAUCGACUUCAUCGUCACCGUGGUCUUCUCCUUCUUGUGGUUGGUGGGCUCAUCCGCGUGGGCCAAAGGACUGUCUGAUGUCAAAGUCGCCACAGAUCCCAAGGAAGUCUUGCAACUCAUGUCAGCUUGCAAGCAGCCGUCCAACAAGUGCAUGGCUGUCCACAGCCCUGUCAUGUCCAGCUUGAACACUUCGGUGGUCUUUGGAUUCUUGAAUUUUAUCCUCUGGGCUGGAAACAUCUGGUUUGUUUUCAAGGAGACCUGCUGGCAUUCCUCGGGACAGAGAUACCUCUCGGACCCCAUGGAGAAGCAUUCCAGCAGCUAUAAUCAAGGCGGGUACAACCAAGAGAGCUAUGGGUCUAGCAGUGGGUACAACCAGCAGGCGAGUUUGGGGCCAUCCUCAGACGAGUUUGGCCAACAGCCUAGUGGUCCCACCUCCUUCACCAAUCAGAUUUAGCAGAGUAGCUUUUGCAGUUUUCUGGAGAAGGUCUCAACACCUUCCACUUCAGUGGCAGAGGAAUUUUUUAAGAGUUCCCA